AUGACUGGUUUACUUAUAGAUACUUUUCUUUCAGACCUUACCAAGUUGCAGGUCUUCACUUCCGUCUCGGUUGUUUGUGGUUUGGUAUUUUUCACCGCAAAAUUAAACAAAACAAUCAACUCCAUCCUUGUUUUUUGCUGGGCAUGUUUUAUUAAGCCAUUGAUCCAGAAAAAAACCGUUGCUUCGGGUAACAAGACGAACCAGCAACAAAAUUUAGAGCUAUUCUACAAGAACCAAGCUCACAUUUAUGAUACCACAAGAGCAGUUUUGUUGAAAGGAAGAAAAGAAUGUCUUCAAUUAGCCGUAUCUCACUUACCAAAGAAGAAAGAUUUGGUUUGGAUCGAUAUUGGAGGCGGCACUGGUUCAAAUAUUGAGUUUAUGGAUCAAGUCAGCUCAAUUUCCAAAAACUUCAAAGCCGUUUACUUGGUUGACCUUUCACCAUCCUUGUGUGAGGUUGCCAAAAAUAGAUUUGCCAACAACAACUGGUCGAAUGUCCAUGUUCUUGUUGCCGAUGCCUGUGAUUUCUCUAUUGAACACAAGCAAGCUGAUUUGAUAACUUUCUCUUACUCAUUAUCUAUGAUUCCUACAUUCAACGCCGCCAUUGAUAAUGCCGUUAGCAAGCUUGACAAACACGGAAUUAUUGCCACUGUUGAUUUUGGUAUCCAAAGUAACGACACUUCAAUGGGAAGAAUCAAUACCUUGGGUGGUUUGGUCAACAGAAACAUUCCUUGGAUCUUGCGUAACUUUUGGAGAAUCUGGUUUGAAGCAGAUCGUGUAUUUUUAGAUUCAGCAAGAAGGAAUUACUUGGAAUACAAAUUUGGAACCAUUAAAUCAGUUAAUACAUACAAUAGAACUUUGGGCAAAAUUCCAUACUACAUCUGGGUAGGAUGCGACAAAUCAAGAGCUACAACUAUUGUCAAUAGACUAAACUGUCUUGCCACAGAGUCACCAUACCUUGCACCAUCUACUACACCAAUAAAGAUCAAUUCAGUCGCCAACCAUUCACCAGUGUCCAAAGGUCAUGAGGCUGCUAUUGCCAACUUGCUGAAAAAUUUACCUUUUCCAUCUAUGUAUUACCAACGAGAAGUGUGGAGAGUAUACUACGAUGAGUUAAACCCAUUGUAUGAACAGUUCAAGAACCAAUACAUUUAUGCUUUCACCUGGGAGGAUCCAAGAGAAGACCACAAUAUUUUAAAGUUUUCAAGCAAUGACACUGUAUUGGCCAUUACCUCGGCAGGAGACAAUAUUUUGAGCUAUGCAACGUUGCCAGAUCCUCCAAGACGUAUCCACGCCGUUGACCUUAAUCCGUGCCAGGGACAUUUGUUGGAGUUAAAGUUGGCCUGUUUUAGAGCUUUACCUCAAGAGCAAGUCUGGAAAAUGUUCGGUGAAGGUUGCAUCAACAACUUUCAGGAUAUUUUGCUCAACAACUUGGCACCCCACAUGUCCUCGCAAGCAUUCCAAUAUUGGAUGGAUAAAGGACCAACUGCUUUUAGUGGCAAAGGAUUGUAUGAUACUGGAUCAACAAGAUGGGCAUUAAGGUUGGGCAGAUUGAUCUUUAAGAUCUGCGGUGCUACAAAAUAUGUUGAAGCCAUGUGUAGAGCAACAACUUUGGAAGAACAAAAACAAUUAUGGCACAACCAUAUCAAACCAGCAAUGUUCAACCCCAUUGUUGGUUCUUUGUUGAUUGGAAACCCAAUCUUUCUUUGGAAAGCUUUGGGCGUGCCCGUAAACCAAGCCAAUAUGAUGGGUCCAUCGGUUAUCAAGUAUGUUAUGGACACUUUAGAACCAUUGAUUGAGAGAUCAUUGAUUUCGAGUGACAACUAUUUCUAUUACUUGUGCUUAAUGGGAACUUAUAUCAAAACCAAUUGUCCUGACUAUUUAACCACAAAAGGUUACAAGAGACUAACUGGCGAAAAGUCUAGUAAUGGCGAAGUACCAAUUGACAACAUUCGUUUGCAUACAGAUACUUUAAAUGAUGUUUUUGCUAGAUUAACAAACAAGUCCAUUACCAUUGCCAUUAUCAUGGACCACAUGGAUUGGUUUGACCCAAAUGGCAAAGAUGCAAUCAAUGAAAUCCGAGCAGUGAAGAAAUGUCUUGUUAAGGGUGGUCGUUUAAUGUUGAGAUCAGCAUCCAAGCACCCAUGGUACAUAAAGACAUUUGAAGACUUGGGAUUUGAAUGUGCACCAGCAGCAGUCAGAGAGAGCGGUACAAGUAUUGAUAGAGUGAAUAUGUAUGCUUCCACAUGGGUUUGCACCAAAGUAGGCGGAAGAGUAGAAGAGGAAGAAGAAGAAGAAGAAGAAGAAGAGGAGGAAGGGCAAACCAUAAGCGAGGAAGAGAUACUUGCCAACCUGACUGAUAUUCGCAAAUUGGAUGCUGGUCGUCGCAGAAUGAGUAGCUUGAAAAUAUAG